UCUACGACCGGUAACAACUUGUUGAGCAAACGCAAAUAUUUAAGUUAUUGUUGCGCGCAGCGUGGCACACGAAAUUGUUUUGGCGUAUUUUCAAAGUGAGCAGUGGCUAACAGUUAACAAAUUUCAGAAAAUAUAUUAAGCAAUAUACAGUUUGAUUUUUAAGGUUAAGGUUACUUGGGGUCGCAAUCGAUUGCUAAAUAGGGAUCGGUGAAGCCGUGAAAAGUUCUUCAGACGCACUCGCCAAAUAUAUUAUUAGAAUUUUAGUGAUUCUUAUCUAUGUACAUAUAUUUGGAAAAUUACCGCCGAUAACCUGAGCCACUAUGUUCAAAGCUGUAAAAAUCAAGUCAAGAUUAUUAAUGGGCUUGAAAACUUCCCAUGCGGAUCUAACAAUUGCGAAGUUUAUACUUUUUUAUGGGCCAACCUUUGCCGACAGCAACAUUUUUAAUAUAGAUGACUACAAAUCAAUGCUAGAAGAUUCUAACUUCUCUAAAACAAAGAAUACAGUACUAUAUAUACAUGGCUAUCUUGAGGACGCGGACAUUGAGAGUGUACAUGUGAUUGUGGAUGCGUAUCUCCAACGAAACGAUGUCAAUCUAAUUGUAUUGGAUUGGGGAGAAUUAGCCAAUGGCAAUUAUAUGUUUGACGCUGUAGUCAAUUGUAAGCAGCUUGCGUCCGUUUUGGCGAGAAACUUAAUUGCCAUGUUUGAGAUGGGCUUGGACAUAGACAAAUUCCAUAUAGUUGGACAUUCACUAGGCGGACAAAUGGCUGGCAUAAUUGGACGAGAAGUGUACAGGCGUAACGGCAAAACGAAAAAACUUCCCAGGCUUUCAGCAUUAGAUCCUGCAUUUCCUUUAUUUUAUGGAACGUUCUCAUAUCAUUUGAGUAAACAUGAUGCCGAAUUUGUUGAUGUAAUCCAUACUGACGCCUGGAUAUACGGGGCUCCAGUAAGUACUGGGACCGCAGAUUUUUGGCCCAAUGGUGGUACGACAUUACAACCCGGCUGCCCGAAAAGAAAUUAUAAGCUUCUUUCAGAUAACGAUUUAUCUAGUCAUCGCCGAUCUUGGUGGUUUUGGGCCGAAAGCGUUAAGAAGGAAUUCCCGUGCCAUUUUUAUGCUGUUAAGGCAAAGAACUGGGGCGAUUUUAAAAAUGGCAAAUACGUCGAUAAUGAGGAGCAGCGUGUUGUCAUGGGUCAUGACUGCCCCACGAACAUUACUGGAGACUACUAUUUACAAACUAAUGGCAUACAACCGUAUGCAAGAGAUAUGGCUGGUAUAACCUAUGUUCAUCCUGCAAAACUAGUUGGAAACAGUACCACGGAGAGUGAUGACGUUGAGCCGUCGAAAACAUAAUACUUAAAUCUUUUGCUAGUAUUAGUAUAUACAUAUAUGUCCAACAAUUCUCAUUUUUAUAAAAUCGUGUAAAUAUUUUAAUGUUUAUCAUUUAAUAACUUAUAUGUAUGUAUGUUAUCUUUACGCGAGUUUUGGCAUAACUUUUAUAUACAUAAAUCUAACUGUGUCCGAUUUAAAAAAAUCUGAAAAUUAAAAAUUUUAAUUAUUUUUAGUCGACUAUGUUUGCGGUGGUCCGCCUUCAAAUCUAAAUAUACUAAAACAAGUAAGAAUGUAAACUUCGGUUGCAACGAUGCUACAGUACCCUUUAYAAAUAAAAAAUUUCCAUACAAGAA